GCUAGCAACCCGAGCUGGUGCUUCGCCCGCGACCCAGCGUCUAGGUGCGCCGCCCCGAGAGGAGCCGCGCGAAGGUCACCCGCGCCCGCCGCCGCCCGCGCCUCUGCCGAGCCCCGCGCGCCCCGCAGCCUCCGUCCGCCCGUCCGUCCGUCCGUCCGCCCGCCCGUCCGAGCCCCGCGUGCCCGCCGCAGCCCCGGCUACCUGAGCGCCAUGAACCAGAUAGAGCCCGGCGUGCAGUACAACUACGUCUACGAAGAUGACGAGUACAUGAUCCAGGAGGAGGAGUGGGACCGCGACCUGCUCCUGGACCCGGCCUGGGAGAAGCAGCAGAGGAAGACCUUUACUGCCUGGUGUAACUCCCACCUGAGGAAAGCUGGCACCCAGAUUGAGAACAUCGAGGAAGACUUCAGGAAUGGCCUUAAGCUCAUGCUGCUGUUGGAAGUCAUCUCAGGGGAAAGGCUGCCCAAACCUGACCGAGGGAAAAUGCGAUUCCACAAAAUUGCUAAUGUCAACAAAGCCUUGGAUUACAUAGCAAGCAAGGGUGUGAAACUGGUGUCCAUCGGGGCUGAAGAAAUUGUUGAUGGCAAUGUGAAAAUGACGCUGGGCAUGAUCUGGACCAUCAUCCUUCGCUUUGCUAUUCAGGAUAUUUCAGUUGAAGAAACGUCUGCCAAAGAAGGUCUGCUGCUUUGGUGUCAAAGGAAAACCGCUCCUUAUAGAAAUGUGAACAUUCAGAACUUCCAUACUAGCUGGAAAGAUGGCCUUGGACUCUGUGCACUCAUCCACAGACACCGGCCCGAUCUCAUUGACUACUCAAAGCUUAACAAGGAUGACCCAAUAGGAAAUAUUAACCUGGCCAUGGAAAUUGCAGAGAAGCACCUGGAUAUUCCCAAAAUGUUGGAUGCUGAAGACAUUGUGAACACUCCCAAACCAGAUGAAAGAGCUAUCAUGACAUACGUUUCUUGCUUCUACCAUGCUUUUGCGGGAGCGGAGCAGGCCGAGACAGCAGCUAACAGGAUAUGUAAGGUUCUUGCUGUGAAUCAAGAGAAUGAGAGGCUGAUGGAAGAAUAUGAGAGGCUAGCAAGUGAGCUUUUGGAAUGGAUUCGUCGCACGAUCCCCUGGCUAGAGAACAGGACUCCUGAGAAGACCAUGCAAGCUAUGCAGAAAAAGCUGGAGGACUUCCGGGAUUACCGUCGGAAGCACAAGCCCCCUAAGGUGCAGGAGAAGUGCCAGCUGGAGAUCAACUUCAACACCUUGCAAACCAAGCUGAGGAUCAGCAACCGGCCCGCCUUCAUGCCCUCCGAGGGCAAGAUGGUGUCGGAUAUCGCUGGCGCCUGGCAGAGGCUGGAGCAGGCAGAGAAGGGUUACGAGGAAUGGUUGCUCAACGAGAUACGGAGGCUGGAGCGCGUGGAACACCUGGCGGAGAAGUUUAGGCAGAAGGCUUCAACGCACGAGACGUGGGCUUAUGGCAAAGAACAGAUCUUGCUGCAGAAGGAUUAUGAGUCGGCGUCGCUGACUGAGGUCCGGGCUCUGCUGCGGAAACAUGAGGCCUUUGAGAGCGACCUGGCGGCGCACCAGGACCGGGUGGAACAGAUCGCUGCCAUUGCGCAGGAGCUCAACGAAUUGGACUAUCAUGAUGCUGUGAAUGUCAACGAUCGGUGCCAGAAGAUUUGUGACCAGUGGGACAGAUUGGGAACACUUACUCAGAAGAGGAGAGAGGCCCUGGAGAGAACUGAGAAAUUGCUAGAAACCAUUGAUCAGCUUCACCUGGAGUUUGCCAAGAGGGCUGCUCCUUUUAACAACUGGAUGGAAGGGGCCAUGGAGGACCUGCAAGACAUGUUUAUUGUCCACAGCAUUGAGGAGAUCCAGAGUUUGAUCACUGCCCACGAGCAGUUCAAAGCGACGCUGCCGGAGGCGGACGGCGAGCGGCAGUCCAUCAUGGCCAUCCAGAACGAGGUGGAGAAGGUGAUUCAGAGCUACAACAUCAGAAUCAGCUCGAGCAAUCCCUACAGCACUGUCACCAUGGAUGAACUUCGGACCAAGUGGGACAAGGUGAAGCAGCUCGUGCCCAUCCGGGAUCAGUCCCUGCAGGAGGAGCUGGCCCGCCAGCAUGCCAAUGAGCGCCUGCGGCGCCAGUUUGCCGCACAGGCCAAUGCCGUCGGGCCCUGGAUCCAGAACAAGAUGGAGGAAAUUGCCCGGAGCUCCAUCCAGAUCACAGGAGCCCUGGAAGACCAGAUGAAUCAGCUGAAGCAGUAUGAGCACAACAUCAUUAACUACAAGAACAACAUCGACAAGCUGGAGGGCGAUCAUCAGCUCAUCCAGGAGGCCCUGGUCUUUGACAACAAGCACACUAAUUACACCAUGGAGCACAUUCGUGUGGGGUGGGAGUUGCUGCUGACAACCAUCGCCAGAACCAUCAAUGAAGUGGAGACCCAGAUCCUGACGAGGGAUGCAAAGGGCAUCACCCAGGAGCAGAUGAAUGAGUUCAGAGCCUCCUUCAACCACUUUGACAGGAGGAAGAAUGGCCUGAUGGACCACGAGGAUUUCAGAGCCUGCUUGAUUUCCAUGGGCUAUGAUUUGGGUGAAGCCGAAUUUGCCCGCAUCAUGACCCUGGUGGAUCCCAACGGACAGGGCACGGUCACCUUCCAAUCCUUCAUUGACUUCAUGACUAGAGAGACGGCCGACACUGACACCGCCGAGCAGGUCAUCGCCUCCUUCCGAAUCCUGGCUUCUGAUAAGCCGUACAUCCUCGCGGAGGAGCUGCGUCGAGAGCUGCCCCCAGACCAGGCCCAGUACUGCAUCAAGAGGAUGCCCGCCUACUCGGGCCCGGGCAGCGUGCCUGGCGCCCUGGAUUACACGGCGUUCUCCUCCGCGCUGUACGGAGAGAGCGAUCUGUGAUGCUGAGCUUCUGUAAUCGUUGAUCCCAUCAGAACGCAAUAAAAGCUGAAGUCACAGGUUGUUUCUUGGAAACUUUGACAAGCUUUAUUAAGUUAAGAGAGAGAGAAAAUUUUUUGUAGCUCAGUAAUUGCGGCAAUGUAACAUGGCUGAAACUAAAUUUCUACAGUGUAUGACAUAGUGUGCUUCAUGAAUAGGUUACUUUAUUUCUGAAUUUUUAGCUACAUACAAGGAGAUAUCAGAUUUUUUGUUUGUUCUUUGAUAAAACAAAGCAAAUUACUUGAGUACUAUGAAAUUAGGAGGAUCUGGGGAUGGAAGCAAAGUAAAAAAUGGGAAAUUCCAAAAUACCCAAAAUUUGAGACCAGGGGGAAGAAAAUGAAAAAUUUGGUAAAUGUUUGAUAUUUUAAAAAAUAUUCUUCAUAUCUAAUAUGCUUAUGCGAUUAUCCCUAGGGGAAUAUAUUUGGGAUAUUAGUGUUUUACUUUGUUGCCUAUCCAAAGAUUAGCUUUAUUUAAGUAUAAAUAGUACUGUCGUCUCUUUAGUUGAAUGGAAUAGUGUGAGGUGGAACUUCCGGCGACUAGAAACAGACUGCCCAAAAGAUCUGUAGUACUUAAAAAUUUUAAAAUAGAGAUUAUAGUCAGCUCUUCAUUAUUUCGGACUACGUAGUCCAGUUAGUGGGUUUCACUGCCUUACUUAUCCUCCAAAGUAGGGACCUCAGGAAACACAGAAAUCAGUGUAGUUGCCAGAGAGGAAGAUGAAUGCACUAGGUAAAAUGAGUUUUUUAGGAUUAUUUAUUGAUUCGAGGCUCCUGGGCUUUUUCUAGAGAUUGUUAGUACAGGUUCUCAAGAGAUGACCAGAGAGAAGUGCUCUGUUUUUAAAUAAACAAUUGUCUGUAGUAAUAGUUCCUAGCAGGGGACAAGUCAGAAACCAGUGCCCUUACAGCUCUCCAGGCAGACCUUCUCCUUUCUGCCUUUAGUUUUAUGACCUGGUAAGGAGAAGGAGUUUAUAGGAAUGGCCUAAUUCUCAACAACAGUAGAGGUAACUUCCUUCACUGCAGAACCUUCAUGUAUUUUGGGGUGAAUUCAUUUUGGGUGGUAGGAGUUACUAGAUGUUUUUGCUAGCACAUAGUGUGUGUUCAUUGGCUUUGGUGGGAUGGUGCAUCCUAACGAGUUCUCAGUCUGGCUCGUUGCAUCUGAAGCCCCAUUACAGAGGGCACCACAUGAGCUCCCAGCCUCGUCUUGAUCUCAGCAAUGUCCAUUCACUUUUCAGCUUGUGCUACCGUCUAUGGUAACUCCCCCCUCUGUUUUUCCAUCUUGUUGACAGCUUGUAGAGAAUAAAGCAGGAAUUGUUUUAUAUCUGAGUCCUUAAGGAUCAGGAAAUGAAUUAUAAGCAAACAAAAACAGCUGCAAACAGCACAUAAGUGUUAGUAGAAAAGUAGUAAUGUGCCUAUUACCUAUGGUCUGUUGCUUCAGAUUUUUAUAGCUUUCCACCAACAGCUGGAAAUGUGAUAUUUUCCAUUCACAACUGUCUGGUAACUUAAUACUUUUACUACAUUGGCCCAUUUAGAACCGUCAACCUUUAUAAAUUUUAUUUAAUUUCCUUCAUGUUAUUAAGUAGUCGGUAGUUUGCAAAUUCCUGAAAUAUCUGAUUCCUUGAGCUUAAUGCCAAACGCUUUUGGGGUGAUGUUUAGAUGAACUCUGACUCCUUAUUUUAUUUCAAGUAGGUGCUAUAUUCCAGCCAUAAACAUUAAGGAAAAACUGGGAAGUUAUUCUGCCUUUGAGGCUACUCGGGGGAACUGUGGUGUUUUAGGAUGGGUAUAGUUAGCUCAUCUACCUAAAAUUUUAAUUUCUUUGUAACAUUCAGGCAAGAGAAUGGAUCAGUGCUAUCUGCUAAUAAAUGAAGAAAGGAAAUAAACCCUGAAAAAUACUUAAUAAACAUAUUUAUACUCUCA